AUGCCGGCCCCCCAGGGUACCCUCCUCGCCACUGUCUGGCAAAGCCUGGACGACACGUUGAGAGGCCAUAGUCCUCCGACUUUGAACUUUUUGCUUGCGGCGACGGGGCUGUGUGUGUUUGCCUACGCCGUCGGGCUGGCCACGUAUCGGCUCUUCCUGUCUCCCAUUGCCGGGAUUCCAGGACCCAAGUUGGCUGCCAUCUCUUUCUGGUAUGAGAUAUACUACGAUGUCUGGCUCGGAGGGCGGUACUACAGCAAGAUCGAGGAGAUGCACAAAGUCUACGGCCCCAUCGUGCGCAUCAACCCUUACGAGGUUCACUUCAACGACCCCGACUUCAUCGACUCCAUCUUUCCAGGCCCAGCAAGAAAGACCAACAAGUACUUCUUCACCGGCCAAAGAACAGGAACCCAAAACUCCAUAGUGGCCACAAUAGACCACGACGUGCAUCGUAAGCGUCGCGGUCCCAUCAGCGUAUACUUUUCCACGGCAAGUAUCCGGAGGCUGGAGCCCCUCAUGCAAGAACACUUGGCCAAGCUUCUGUCGAGGAUGGAAGAGGCUGGGAGGCGCGGCGAGGUCUUGCCGAUGCAUUACGUCUUCCGGGCGGCCACGAGCGACAUGAUCACCAAGUACGCCUUCGGUGAUUCAUUUCACUUCCUGGACCGGAAGGACUUUGCCAUGCCGUACAUGGAGUCGACAAACGUCUUCUCCAUGCUCAACCAUACCUUUUGCCACUUUCCCUGGGUUGGCGCCUUGCUUGCGUGGGCACCGCCCUGGGCCGUCAAAGCAUUGAUUCCCUCGUUGGCAGAGAUGUGGGACAAGCAACUGAUGUGGAUUGAGAGGGUCCAGCAACUCCGGCAGUCCAAGAAAGCCGACUCUGAACGAGUCAAGAGCACCAUAUUCGAGGGCAUCCUGGCUAGUAGCAGCAUACCCGAGGAGGAGAAGACGGACGCCAGAUUGGCGCACGAAGCGCAGCUCAUCGUGUUCGCUGGUGAGGACACAACAGCACACACCCUCCAAGCCGCGCUCUACGAGUUGCUCGCCAACCCGUCCGAGUUUGCAAAAGUAAAGGCAGAGGUUGUCUCGGCUAUACCAGACCCGGACCAGAUUCCAGCCUUCUCCCAGGUAGAUAAUCUGCCGUAUCUAAACGCCGUCAUCCAGGAAACGAUACGUGUCCAUCCAGGCGUCGUCUCGCGCCUGCCACGCGUCUCUCCCCAGUCAGCCAUCGUCUACACAGACAAGCAAAGGGGCAAGGAAUACAUCAUCCCCCCAGGGACGUCGACCAACAUGACGGCGCAGAUCGCACACAUGAAUCCGGACGUGUUCCAGGAUCCGUACGAGUUCCGCCCGCAGCGGUGGCUCGACAAUCCGCGGAUCGACAGGGCAUUCAUUGGCUUCGCCAGGGGGACGAGGAACUGCAUCGGCAUGGCCCUUGCGCGUCGCGAGCUGUCACUGUUCCUCGCGGCCAUUGUCCGCAAGUAUGACAUUUACCGCGGACAGCACGACUGCCCGACGCUGGAGCUGUUCAAGACGAGUCGUGCGAGGGACAUUGACUUGAGCCGUGACUAUAUUCUCCCGUUUCCCACAAAGGGGAGCCAUGGACUACGCGUCAAGGUGCGUAAUUAG